AUGCCGAAGGUGCACCCCAACGCCAUCUCCUCCGGCGUGCCGAGCCCGCCGGACCGCUCCGGCGGGGAAGCGGUGGCGCUGACCGUCUGGAGGAAGUCCCUCCUCUUCAACUGCGAUGGGUUCACCGUCUUCGACUCCUGCGGCGACCUCGUCUACCGCGUCGACAACUACACCUCCGGGAGCAAGGGGGAGAUCGUCCUCAUGGAUGCCACAGGCGUCCCCCUUCUCGCCGUCCGUAGAAAGGUAAUUACUUGCCGAUCAAUGAUGGCUCAGAGUGAAUCGGAUUAUAUUGCCGGCAAGAGCUAUUUUCUUCCUCCGUCGUCGCUGAGGAGAUAUCUUCGAAACAUGACAUGUGCAGAAGCUUUGCCUGGGGGACCACUGGCUCGUCUACGAGGGGGAGGAGACCACCAAUCCCCUCUUCUCGGCGAAGAAGCACGUCCAGCUCCUGCAACACAAGGCGCUGGCGCAGGUCACACAACGCAAUGCCGCCGGCGGCCGCGGCGGCUCCUACGACAUCGAGGGCUCCUACUCGCAGAGGUGCUGCGCAGUCUACGACGAGAACCGGCAGAUGAUGGCGGAGAUCAAGAGGAAGGAGGCCGUCAAGGGCGUCGCCUUGGGUGUGGACGUGUUCCGCCUCGUCGUGCAGCCGGGCUUCGACCCCGCCGUCGCCAUGGCGAUGGUGAUCUUGCUCGAGCAGAUGUUCGGAUAG